AUGUCGCCCGCACGCAACAUUCCCACUGUGAGCUCACCUCUCUCGCCACGGACUGAGCCUUUGGCUGUCCCUUCCGGCCGUCGACGUCCUCAAGUCAACUCGCGCCAGUCAUCGACCAGCGGCCCCGCCAUGCACCUGCGCCUGCCUUCUUUGCCACGCUUCCACCCCGCCAACUUCGGAACUCCUAGCUCAAGCGCUUCUGGCACACCCAUUACCGGACCAAACAGCCCCAAUCCUCCUCUGUCUCCUCGGUCAAGUAAUACUGUCAGCAAGUACGAAGCCCAGAAGCAAAUGUAUCUCUACCAGCAGCAGCUCCAGGCAAAGACCGCUACCCAGGUCCGUGGCUCGCUUUCCGCAAAACCUAUAAGCCCCCGUCUGGAUCCCUUGGCCAGCCCUGGAGCAGUCACUCCCUUCGAGCUCGAAGGCACUGACAGCUACCUCACUGCUGGAGUCAAUCCCCAGGAAGCCGCCUCGCAUGUUGAGAGGCUGAUCCGCGAGGAAGCCAGCCGCCGCGGUGACCUCUCUCCUGGAUUUACGACCUCAGUCGGCGGUAGGUGA